GACCUUCCAUUGGCUUACUGAUUGGCUCAGGAAGACCAGAAGGGCCUCCAUCGUCAGAUUCAUCUUGGGUUUCUUGGUUACUCUCUUUGUUUCCUAAGUCAAGUGUUCUACCUGAUUCUAAAAGCGACAAUGAAGGAAUGGCUUGAAAUAGAGGACGAACACUUGAUAACUCACCCUGCAGCAAUUACUGUGCAUCUUUGGUAGACUGCAUGGAUGCUCGAUCCAUAGAAAAAGUAGAGAGGAGAUGGAUCAAUGAAAUUCACAGCGAACGUCGAGUGUCAACGAAAACCAACAUCCCUAAAACAAAAACAAAUGACGUUUCAAGCCUUUUUCUCCUACAAAAAAGACUUCGAGAUGAAAUCGCCCGAAGAUCGUCCGAAACCUCAAAGGGAGUAUUAUCUGAUUCAUACUUGAAUCAAUUAAGAAAACUAAAUAAAGAACUCUCAAUCAAAAGUAAUGCCUUGCACGCCACCCCAGAAAAAUUUCGUGGGCCAAAAUGGUACGAGUCACGUUCGAAGCUGGCCCAUAAUUUAAGAAGACUUAUACUGAUGUUGGCUUCGAGAAACUUGGACGACAUACUUCGACCAAGCCCUGUUGCCAUGGAAACAGGAGGACGAAGAGAAAAAACAUCUAGCUCCAAUAUGGCGUUUGAUAUUGGAUUCGUUGUUGAUGGCUCAGAUAUUGUCGAAGAACAAGGUUCAGGAAACUUUAGAAAACUCUUAGAAUUUGUCAAGAAAGUCCAGCGAGCGUUACCAAUAUCCGUAAAUGGGAUACAUCUUGGUUUGGUAACCUAUGGUGACGAGGCAGAAGAUAACAUGGACUUUAACAUCAACUUCAACCAAAAGAAUUUUGAGUCGGCAAUUGAUGGGAUCAAUUAUCCUGGAGGUGUGACGAAAACUGGGGAUGCUCUUGGGGUGGUGAUGAAAGAACUGUUGCCCAGCAGCAAGAGAGUUCAGGUUCAGCAUGUUAUCGUGCUCUUGACAGCUGGCAAGUCUGAAGAUGAUCCUGUAUCCAUCGCCGAAGAAAUUAAAGCUAGCGGAGCCGUAAUGUUCUGUAUUGGAGUUGGUAUGAUGUUUGAUCGUGCGCAACUGGACGCUAUUGCUAGUUCACCAUCUUCAACUCACGUGAUGACUGUUGGGUUUAACGCGCUUGAUUCAUUGGUCAAGUCUUUGGCUGAUGCCAUUGUUAUAGAUGUCCAAAAAGGCCCUAGUCAAAAUAAGGCUGGAAGCGACAGACCAAAAACAGUACAGGAUGAAGGUGGUCUUGUAGAGGCAAAAAUCGACUUAGGUUUUCUCAUCGAUGGAUCAUCCACAGUCGGAGAAGACAAUUUCCGUUCAGCUCUUGAUUUUGCUUACAGCAUUUUUGAAAAUUUUUGGACAUCAUUUGGAAGCGUAAAUGUUGGUGUUGUGGUAUUCGGCAAAGACUCAAAACUAGCUUUUGACUUUGAGAAUUCGUACAGUGGAAAACUUGCAAUCAAAGAAGCUAUCGACAGCAUCAGCUAUCCUUCUGGGGAUAGUUAUCUUGGUGAUGCUCUUCAAGCUACAAAAGCUUAUUUGUAUGGCAGCAAACAAGCGGACGGCCGUCGUCGUAUUCUCGUAGUUAUAUCAGGAAGCACUUCAGAAGAUGAUAUUUUCUUAGGUGCUGGCGAGUUGACGGCUGAUUCUGUGACGGUUUUCUGUGUUGGUGCAGGGACAUUCUACGAUAUGGAUCAGCUUACUGGAAUCGCUACUAAACCUGCAAAGAGGCACAUACUUACGGUUCCAGAAUAUUCGAAACUAAACAACAUAAAAGAAACACUGAUCAACAAAAUUGAAGAAGCCAGAACAGCCUUCCUCUCACCAAAACCAACACCUUCACCCGAUGAACCUGAGAUGACAACAAAAUCUCCAUUUGAAGUUACAUCUAGCCCUAAGAACCAGCCAGGAGGUAGUACCCCUGGUAGUCAACCAGGUGGAAGUACCCCAGGGAACCAACCAGGUGGAAGUACCCCAGGAAACCAGCCAGGUGGGACCACGCCAGGCAGUCAACCAAGUGGAAGUUCCCCAGGAAACCAACCAGGUGGAAGUACCCCAGGAAACCAACCAGGUGGAAGCACUCCUGGGAACCAGCCAGGUGGAAAUACCCCAGGCAACCAGCCAGGUGGAAGUACCCCAGGGAACCAACCUGGUGGAAGUACCCCUGGCAACCAGCCAGCUGGAAGUACCCCUGGCAGCAAGCCAGGUGGAAGCACCCCUGGGAACCAACCAGGUGGAAGUACCCCAGGGAACCAACCAGGUGGAAGUACUCCAGGUAAUCAACCAGGUGGAAGUACCUCAGGAAAUCAACCAGGUGGAAGUACUCAGCCAGGAACACCUGGGAGCAGUGUCCAGGAACAUCCAUCGCCAAAUAGCUCAUCUUUACCUCCUCCCACAAGGGUUGAAAGGAAUGUCAGUACACCUGGUGAAUCCCCUGGAACUGACACAGGUGCCAACAAGAAACCAAAUACAGGGUCUCCGACCAAUAAAGAAGAGAGCGGAAUUAAACCUGUGACAAAUCAAGAGGAUGUCCUUGACCUUGUCUUUCUCAUCGAUGGUUCAAAUGCAAUGAACACCCAGACCUUCACCAAAGCAAAAGACUUCAUGAAAAACAUUUAUGGAAACUUUCCAAUUUCUCAAGAUGCAACUCAUGUUGGCUUUGCAGUUUAUGGAUGUACACCGAAGGUCGUUUUUACUCUCACUGACUACACAUCGCGGCAGAGUCUGAAUAAGGCUGUAGAUGAGUAUCAGUACCAGGAGUGUGAAAAAAAGCUACUUGGUGAAGGCCUUUCUUUUGUUAGAAAAGUAAUUUUCGACGAAAGCGCAAGACCCGGAGCACAAAAGGUUCUGGUUGUCUUAGUAGCUGGAGCCUCAGAAGAUGACGUCAGGCCUCCCUCACGUGACUUGCGCGACCACGGAGUAAUAAUAUUUGCUGUUGCUAUUGGCAACAGUGCAGACAAGAAUCAGUUGACUGAAAUAGUAAGCUUUCCACCUGAAGACAAGUUAAUGUUCGCUGAUCCUCAAAAGAUGAUACAGAAGUUGUCUCCAGUGGUACAGAAUAUAAGACAAGCUCUAAGUAAAGGUGCUCCGCCGGGCCCAAUAGAAGUUAUAAUGGAACUAGGAUUCUUAGUGGAUGUUACAUCCGACAGCUUCACAGCCGAUUUCUUCCCGAAAGUCCUACGAAGCAUAAAAAUGAUCUACAGCGCAUUCGUCGUCAAUCAAGAUAAAACACGAGUGGGCGUUGUCACAUACAAUGGAAGCCCUUCUAUUGCUAUCGCGCUGAACCAAUACAACACAAUAGAGGAUAUUAACGCUGCUGUCGAUGGUAUCAAGCAAAGCUCUGUCAAAGGUCCUGGUUCUUUGGGUCAAGGGAUAACCUACACGACCAACUCGUUUUUCAAAGGAAACACAAGAAUACAGACACCCACGGUUCUAGUCAUAAUUACAAGUUCUAAGUCACGUGAUGACGUGGGUAACCCAGCAACCGAGGCCAAAAGCUUCAAUACUACCAUAUUUGUUAUUGGAGUCGGAUCCAGUGUCGAUAAGGCAGAGCUGAAUUCUGUGGCGUCACCAUUGGCUGUAGAUCACGUGAUGUUAGUUGAUUACUCUUCCAAGGACUCCGCUUCUGAAAAUGGUGCUUUUAGAAUCAAGAAAGCUGUGCAAGUGAACCUUGGUUUCCUGGUCGAUGGCUCCCAAUCUGUCCCCAAAGCCAACUUCAUAUAUAUAUUGGACGCUGUCAAAUACAUCUGCAGUGCUUACCCGAUAUCAAAAGAAGACGUUAACGUUGGACUUGGGAUCAUAGAAACAGAUCCAUCAAUCAUCUUUGACUUUGAUAAAUAUUUUACUAAGCCAACAUUGAAUUCAGCCAUCGAUAGUACAGAACACCCUGGACGAGGAAAGACCCUUAACCUUGGAAAAGCACUAUCACGUGUCAAAACUGAGAUGUUUGAUAGGAGUUCAAGGCCGCUUGUGCGUAGGGUGUUGAUAGUGAUUUUGGCGGGAAGCCCUAGUGACCAGUACACGGAUGCAGUCCGGUCGCUAAGAGACGAUAAAAUCGAAAUUUUCGUGUUUUCUGUUGGGGGUGGAACAGGAAUUAAAGUAACGGAAGAAGUCGCUAGCAUGCCACAUGAGAUCCAUAUCGUUCAUAGUACCAGUAUUGAUACUGUUAAUACACAAGCGCUGGAGUUGAUUGAAAAUCUACAAAUCGCUAAAGUUGGCAUUGAUGUUCCCCCGCCAAAAGUACUUCCACCAAGCCCACAGUCCAAUAACGGUGUAAUAGAUCUUGUAAUUCUCAUCGAAGGCGGAGACAACACGAAACCCCAAGACUUUGAGCAAAUCAAAGAAAUAGUCAAAGCUAUUUAUAGGUUCUUCCCAGUUGCCAAAAGUGGUACACACGUUGCCGUGGCUGUUUUCUCCGGGACAACCAAAAUAAUAUUCAAUCUGUUCACGUAUUUCACUGUCAAUGAAAUGGAUGAUGCUGUUGAUAGUGCUCCUUACCCGGGUGGGGAGAGUAAAACCGGAAACGCGCUAACGGAAAUCAAGACUAAAAUAUUUGAUCCAUAUGGAAGGCAAGACAUCCCACACGUCUUGGUGACAGUUAUGACAGGACCUUCUGCCGACAACGUCGACGUUCCCGCCAAUGCGUUAAAGGGUGCAUGUGUAUUAUUGUUUUCUAUGGGCAUGGGGACGCAGUUCAGGCCGACUGACAUUGAGAAAGUCGCGAGUUCGCCUCGUUCGAGUUAUACAAUGGUUAGUGAAACGUUCUCGCAUGAUGUCUCGUUGGGCGAGUUGAUGGCUGCCAAGAUGCUCAAAGUUCUUUCAGUUGUGCAGGGCUGGAAUAAACAGUGCAUCCCAAAGGGAGAAACGAAGCUCGACCUAGUCUUCCUGCUGGAUGCUUGUCGCGACAUCCCCUCACCAUCCUUCAACAAAGAAACAAAUAUCGUACAAUCAAUCGCCACAUCUCUUCCAUCUGCCCAAACAGAAACACAUAUAGCAGUUCUAGCUUUCUCUGGAGGGGUAAUCGUGGCCAAAGAUCUUCAAAGCCAAAACACCGACUUAGCUGGCUCACUGAGUAAACUUCAAGCUUCCGAUAAUGGCUGCCCGGUUGGUGCCGGUCUAACGAAAGCAAAUGAAAUAUUCCAAAGUCAAGGUCGUAAAGGAGUCUUAAAAAUUAUCAUCGUUAUUACUGGGGGAAAGUCAGACGAUGAUGUAACCGCACCAGCUCAAGAGUUGCAGAAGACUGGGGUGAUAGUGUAUACUGUAGGAUUGGGUAAAGCCAAUGACCUGAGUACUCUCGGAAGCAUUUCAAGUAGUCCUGCCUCAGAGUUUGUUAUCGAGGAACCGGAUUUUCCUUUCAGCACUAAUGCACAAAGUGCUUUGCUGACAGACUUAAAAGGAAUCUUUGUUAUCGGCAAUGACUUGAUGUGCUCUCCAAAAGUUUGUAACCAGCCAACAACCACCACAGCGCCCCCAACCACACGACCAACCAAACCAGCACCACCAAUGCUUCCCCCGACCCUACCCUACAAAGUAGAUUGUCAUCUGGAUGCUAAUAAUCGAUCGCCUAUAGAUAUCGUGUUCCUGAUCGAUGGAUCCGAAGCUAUUGACGAAAUGGAUUUCCGUAGCCUAAUAGAAAUUACUAAAAUAACUAUCAAUCAGUUUCCGAUCUCUAAAGAUGGCGUUCAUGUUGCUCUAGUCAUUUAUGGCUCGAUAACGAAAAUAGUUGUUAACCUUGAUCAGCUCUACGAUCUUAAAAGUAUCGAAACAGCGGUUAGAGAUUUAAGGCCUAUAGGCGGCGCGCCGGCCAUUGGGCAAGCUUUACAAACAGUUAAAGAUUCGGUAUUCGCGGCCAAGUCUCGCGUAGAUGUUCCUAAGAGGUUAGUCCAUAUGAUGUGUGGUAAGACAAUUGAUGAUGUGGUCAAGCCUGCGAGGGAGUUACACGCUAUGGGUGUGUUGGUGAUUACUGCUGGGACGUGCCUGGCUGUUAGUAAGCCAGAGUUAUGUGUGAUAGGCAGUCCACCUACGUGUGAGAAUGCAUUGAUUAUGAAGUCUAUGAAUCCAGUUAUGGCACCGGCGUGUGAGUUUGCUGAAAAGAUACUAAAAGGUGUUCCUCCCAAGAGAAUCCCCACGAAUCCUACAAUAGGGACUCAAACAACUCCUACGACCGAGCAAACAACAGUCCCAACAACAGUCCCAACGACAGGCCAAUCACCUACUAGUCCUACACUAGGAACCAGUCCCCCGCCGCAGCCUAAUGCUCUAAUCGGUGUCCACGUGCCCGUUCCCGUACCAGUCCCUGUACCUGUUGCCGUACCUGUAGACCCAUUCUCACACCAACCCAUUCCUGGUCAUAUCACAAAUGGAGUUUAUUACCCAAAUGAGCACCAGAUGGCUAAUAGUCCAGUAAGGUACCCAAUGACACCCAAUAAUGCAAUGGAUGAUUUAAUGAAAAGUACUCAGUACAAAAGCCCACUAAUUGAACAAGACGAAGGUGAAGAAGAACUUUCGAACCAGCCUCCAUUGAUCGAUCCCUUGUUCCCAGAUCCCAACUAUGUGCACCCUGUGUCUCACCAUAUCUACCAUAACGGGAGAAUACUCCCACAUCCGGGAUAUCCUCAACAAGGUCACAUGACAGGAUUUGGAAUUCAGAUGGCAAUGACUGGAUUUGAAAAUCCUGGUCAACGUCACGUGACAGGAUAUGGAAAUAAUGCCCAGCGUCACGUGAUGGGAUAUGGAAAUCACGGUCAUCCUCACGUGACAGGAUAUGAAAAUCACGGCCAGCGUCACGUAGCGGGAUAUGAAAAUCACGGCCAGCAUCACGUGACGGGAUAUGGACACAUGGAACAAUCGAGGUAUCCUAGCUAUACGUACAGUGAAGGUGUUAGUGGACCAAUAGGUAAAGAAGAACCGGUAGGAACGUCGACUYAUGAUGUGUCACAGCAGAAGCAUCCUGUUGUUGAAUGUGUAGACACAGAUCCUGAAUGCUCACUAUACACGCAGUCUGGGUAUUGUGAAGGUUCUGUCGUCGGCUACAGCCAGGGAUAUUUGGAAGAAAAUUGCAAGAAAACAUGUGGACUGUGUAACAAUGGCGACGCAGAGGAUUAUAAUAAUAAAGAAGUUUGGAUAAAAAGGUCUAAAAUUCUCAAUUCAUAGGAAAAGCGGCAUUAGAAUGAAAUGAAAUGUAGUAAGUUUCUAUAAUGUAUAUUUUUUAUCCAAAUAAAAUUU